CAGAUUGACUAUCUCUCUUUGCCGAUACUGUAGCUGAGCCGCCAAGUCGCUGGAGUGGCUUCCGAGGUAACGGCAGCAUUUCACCAAACUUUCUACAGCAUCGGCAGUCGCCUUCAUAAGGCCCGCCAGUGGAGAAUCUCCAUUGUGUGCAGGGAUCUAGAGCCCGCCGACGUCGAGUCCCGCAGCCCCACAUCGAUCCAUCUACGCGGUGGCGUGGAGAAGGCAAUGAGUCGCGGAUCAACUUCUUGUGGAGCAAUCUCCAUCUGAACGUGACUGCUCCUCCAUGUCACCCUUCCGCCGAGUGGAUACAUAUAGUGUAGACCUUCUCCAGCUGUGCAUAGGAACGUGGUAGGUUGUUUGGCUCUCCACUUCGUCUUAUUCUUACGCACUACUUCUUACACCCUCUGGUUGGAGUGUUUAGAAGGCACACAGCACAAGAUGUCUGCUGUUCCUAAUCUGCCAGAGAGCAUUGUUCGCGUCGACCCAGUCCAUGCCAACCCGUACAAUACUAAGAACGGUAUCUCGCAUGUCGAGCAGGCUCCGCUGGUCCAGGAGCCUAAAUCGAAUGGCGUCCCUCACACAAACGGAGUUGCACAUACCAAUGGCGUAAAGGCUGAGCCGGAGUGGCUACUACAUGACGUACCUGUCGAAAACCAAAGACCCAUUAGAGUGAUUGUCAUUGGUGCCGGCUACUCGGGUGUCUACUGUGGCAUCAGGAUACCGGAGCGGAUACGAAACUGCGACUUGACCAUCUAUGAGAAGAAUGACGGUAUUGGCGGCACAUGGUACGAGAACCGCUACCCGGGCGCGGCCUGCGACGUCCCAUCGCAUAGCUACCAAUUCUCUUUCAAUCCGAAACCAGACUGGUCAUCACUCUACGCCCCUUCGUGGGAGAUUCGCGACUACAUCGAGAGCUCGGCGAAGAAGUAUGGCGCAGACCGCUUCAUCAAGCUGCGACACGAGGUCACCGAUUGCGAAUGGCGGGAAGAUGAAGGCAAAUGGCACGUGAAAGUGAAGAAACCUAACGGCGAGAUCUUCGAAGACACUUGCGAAAUACUUGUCAGCGCACGUGGUCUACUGAACAACAAGCAAUGGCCUGACAUUGAGGGCCUGCGGAGCUUCCAAGGCGAGAUCAUGCACUCCGCGGGUUGGAACGACAGCUACGACUUCACUAACAAGCGCGUUGGCAUCAUUGGCCUGGGCAGCAGCGCGAUUCAGAUCAUUCCAAAGUUGCAGAAGAUUGCCGGGGCGCAACUUAAUUGCUUCAUCCGUGGCCGGACUUGGAUCUCACCGCCGCUCGCUCAGGGUGUGCAGGACAAGCUAGGCAUGGGUGACAAGUUCAACUUCUCCGAGGAGCUCAUUGAAAAGUUCAAGAAGGAUCCAGAGGCCUGGCUCGAUUUCCGUAUGAUGGUUGAAGCGGAUGCGAACAAUAUCCACGCCGUGACGUUAAAGGGAACAGAGAUGCAGAUGAACGCGCAGAAGGCAUUCGAGGACGGCAUGAAGGCGCGGCUGAAGAAGAGGCCGGAGUACUUCGAGCGGUUGAAGCCGUCUUUCGCGCCUGGCUGUCGGCGUCUGACGCCUGGCCCAGGUUUCUUAGAGGCUUUGGCUGAAGACAAUGUCACAUACACCCGCGACAGAAUCGCCAAGAUUGAGCCAAAGGGCGUUGUAACGGAGGACGGCAAGCUGCACGAGAUUGACGUACUAAUCUGCGCGACGGGCUUCUACGCUUCGGCCGCACCACCGUUCCGCACCGCAGGAUUGAACGGACAUACGCUGCAGAAGCACUGGUACACACGGGCGACCAAUUACCUGUCGCUCACGACGGAUCAAUUCCCGAAUCACUUUUUCAUGCUGGGCCCGAACGGCGCGAUCGGAGAGGGCAGCUUAACGAUGAUGAUUGAAAGUACCGGCGACUAUAUCCUCAAGGCUAUCCGAAAGAUCCAGAAAGAAAACAUCAAAAGCAUGGUUAUUAAGCCUGCUAGAGUGAGGGACUUCACCAGGUACUGCGAUGCGUACUUCAACACUACAGUCUUCAUGGACGAUUGUCAGUCAUGGUACCGCAAAGACGGCCAAGGUCGCAGCAGCGACAAAGUCACCGGGUUAUGGCCGGGCAGCACACUCCACUGCAUCGAAGCGCUUCGUAGUCCGCGAUGGGAAGACUACGAGUAUGAGUACGUUCCAGAACCAAACGGCGCGGAGAUCAACCAGAUGUCGUGGCUCGGCAAUGGCUGGGGCCUCACACAGCUAGGUGACAAUGUGCGGACGGUGGAUCUCGGCUUCUACCUCAUGCCGAUGUUUCAGGAGAGGGACAUCGGUGUGCCGCUGCCCGGGAAACCAGAAGAGAAUGAGCAGUAUCGCAUUCGACCGUGGAGUUACUAGGACUUGUGAGAUACUGAAGCGGGCGCGAUGAUGGGUGGCUUUUGGCCUGUAAUGCGAGGCGUUUGAUAAGCGACAACGAAUGGAACAUAUCUUCUACGACAACCCAAACAAUCCCAUGAUGCUCUGUCUCCGCUUCAACUUCUUCUGAUCCUUGAUGCGUUGCACGGCGUCGCUGAUAAGGUUCUCCGGCAGGCUGCUUUGUCUCUGGCGCUCAAUUCCCGCAUCACGGUCUUCGGUCAAGAUCGUGCGUGUUCGUUCCGUUAGC